CAAAAAACCAAGAAAGAAGAAGAAGAAAAGGGAGAAGAAGAAAAAGAAGGAAGGAAGGAUCGAAUAUAUCAAACAUCAAAACAAAGUAAGCUAGUUGCGUCGAGGUGCAGAAUGGAGAGAAAAACACAAGAGUUAGUUGCUUCGAGGAGUAGAAUAGAGAGGUCUAGAAAAAGAAAACAACUAUAUCAACUUGAUGGUUCUGAUUCAUUUGAUUCAUCUACUAGCAAAGAUGCUUAUAAGCCUAGACGUCGUAAAAUUGAGAAAAAUAGGAGUGGCGGUGAACAGAAGUACUGCCAUCAGUGCAAAAGAAAUGAUGGGCAUGUUGUGACCUGCAACAGAUGUGAGAGGAAACGAUAUUGUACUUCGUGUAUUUCAAAAAACUAUCCCCAGAUGAAUGAGGAGGAUUUUCUUAUGGAAUGUCCUUUCUGCCGAGACAUUUGCAAUUGCAAGAGUUGUUUGCGCUUGGAAUUGCCCGAAAAGAACGAAACAAGGAUGAGCGAAGGAGACAAAAAGAAUUACGCAAAGUAUCUCCUGCGACGGCUUCUUCCAUAUGUGAAACAAAUUAACGAAGAGCAAAGUUUGGAAAAAGAGAUGGAGGCACAAAUUCGAGGGUUGCCAUUUUCUGAGGUCAAAGUGCAGCAAGCAGACUGCUAUGUUAAUGAGCGUCUAAAUUGCAACUGGUGCGAAACUUCGAUUGCUGACUACCACCGGAGCUGCACAAAAUGUCCGUAUGAUCUAUGCAUCUCCUGUUGCCGGGACUUGCGUGCUGGCUCUUUGCAAGCAGGUCAUCCGGGAAGCAUGAAUCAAUAUAAGAACCCGGGGGUGGGGUACUUACAUGGUGAAACAUGUAAACCAGCUCGAAGCAAUAGAACUGUGGGCACAUCGACUGCAACAAAGGACGGUGGUUCCCGCGGGAAGGCAAAAUUACCUGAAUGGAGGCCUAACAAGGAUGGCAGCAUCUCUUGUCCACCGGAGAGUUUGGGUGGGUGUGGAAAAGGUAUUCUGAGGCUGAACCAGGUCUUGCGAGACGGUUGGCUUUCAAACGUGAUAUUGAAAGCUGAAGAAUUAUGCCAACAGUAUAAUCUGGAUGGCAUGCCAGAUCCCACACACGGGUGCUCCUGUUGUGAUUUGGCAGCUGGUGAUGACACGGCCACAGAGAAAAUACGGAAAGCUAUAGACAUUCAAGCCGGAGAUCACAAGCAUUUUCAGGCGCACUGGUCAAAAGGCGAACCGGUGAUUGUGACUGGGGGACUUGACAGAACAUAUGGUCUAAGCUGGGAACCGAUGGUGAUGUCUCGAGCAAUGCAUGAUAAGUCCCGUACCGGUGUGACUGUCUUGAAUUGUUUGAACUGGUGCAAGGAGGAAUAUAGCCUAAGUUUGUUCUUUAAAGGCUAUACAGAGGGUAGACUUGACUUGGCUGGCUGGCCCCAAAUGCUAAAGUUAAAUGAUUGGCCUGAAUCUGGUUCGUUUGAGGAUCGUCUCCCACGUCAUAACGUGGAGUUCUUAAGCGCUUUGCCGUUCAAGGAGUACACACAUCCACAGAGCGGCUACUUGAACCUUGCUGUCAAGUUACCGGAGGGCCAUCUGAAGCCAGACACAGGUCCCAAACUAUAUACCGCUUAUGGCUUUUCCCAGCAACUCGGACGUGGUGAUUCCGUCUCCAAACUCAGCUAUCAUGACUCUGACGCAGUAUACGUGCUAACUCAUGUCAAAGAGAUGACAUUCACUCCUUCUGAGCUUGCUAAGAUGGAACAGCUGAAGGAGAAGCACCGUGUUCAGGACGAGAGAGAAAUAUAUGCAGAGGGUGACAUGGGAAAUGGACCGGAGCCGCAGCUGGAAUCCAAUGAUCCAGAAGAGCUGCAAAACCCAAAGAGCGGUGCCCUCUGGGACAUUUACCGCAGAGAAGAUGCUUUCAAAUUGAAAGAAUAUCUGAGAAGGCAUUUUAAAGAGUUCAGACAUACAUAUUGCUUGCCGUUAAAGCAGGUACCCUUAUAACUACUACUUGAUGAUAAUUUCUUGUCGAUCAGAAUAGAUGGAUAUAAUGAUUUUAUUUUGCCAGGGUGUUGAUCCCAUAUAUGAUGGGGUAUUUUACCUCAACGCCGAGCAUCAAA